AUGGCUGCAGCUAUCUGGAAAGCUGCAGCGAUGAGGGAUCCAACACUUUUGCAUGCGACGAUCCGAGUCGUACACGGGCAACAUAACCGGGGCUCUGCCAAUCAAAUUGGAGUGACUUGGGUACUUGUGCUCGCUCUUAAGGCAGCUGCAGACGAGGUGAGGUGGGGCGGCGUGCAUAAAGCCACGUCUGCUGGCAGCGAUCAGGCUGUCGCCCAUCCUCUCCAUCCAUUCGCAUCUUCCUCCGUCCAUGAAGACACGCAAGGUUUUAUUCUCUCUCUAUGCUUUGGCAUCGAGACCCUAGCGACACUGUCCGUCCCAAAAUCCGCGAACGGCGGCGUGAGGUUGGUCCCAUGCGUCCAACAGCCUUGCCUACCACUCCUCCACCAGCGUGAAGUCCAAGGCGAGACGACUCAGUAG